AAAUAAAUUAGUACAAACUAUUGGAAAUCUCGGUCAUCGCACUGAUGUUAACACUCUUUCCUUCAGUUCUGACAACUCAUCAAUUUUAUCUGCAAGUAAAGAAAGCAUUAAAAUAUGGAACAGUUUAAACCAGCAAUGCCUGUGUACAAUGGAAUGUGAGCCUGCAUCAUGUUCUUUAUUUGCUCCUGGAGAUAGACAUUGCAUCAUAGGAACCAAAACUGGAAAACUUCAAAUUUUUGAUAUAAAUGCAACUAUGUGUUUAGAAACCAUUGAUGCUCAUGAAUCCUCUGUUUCAUCGAUUGAUAUGUCACCUAAUCAGUGUUCUUUGGUAUCAGGAAGUGCUGAUAAAGAUGUUAAAUUCUGGGAUUUUGAAUUAAUUAAAGAUACUACAUAUUCAGAAACAAGGAAAAAGUUAACUCUUGUGCAUGCAAGAACUUUAAAGCUUUCUGAUGAUGUACUUUGCAUUAAGCAUAGCCCAAAUGGAAAACUAAUAGCUAUAUCACUUCUUGAUAGUACAGUGAAAAUAUUUUUUGUAGAUACUUUAAAAUUUUUCUUAUCUUUAUUUGGUCAUAAAUUUCCAGUAAUUUGCAUGGAUAUUUCAUAUGAUAGCAAUCUGAUAAUUACUGGUUCAGCUGAUAGAAAUGUAAAAAUAUGGGGAUUAGAUUUUGGAGAUUGCCAUAGAUCUAUAUUUGCACAUGAUGAAAGUAUAAUGUGCAUGAAGUUUAUACCAAAGACACACAUGUUUUUCACUGGAGGUAAAGAUAAAACCAUUAAGCAAUGGGAUGCUGAUAAUUUUAAAAAAAUUAAUACUUUACGAGGACAUCAAAGUGAGAUUUGGGCAAUAGCAGUUUCACCAGAUGGAAGAAGAAUAGUAACCUCAUCUCAUGAUAAAUCAUUACGUCUUUGGUGUAAAACAGAAGAAAUAUUAGUAUUACAGGAAGAAGAAGAAAUGGAAAGAGAAGAAGAAUAUGAAAAAUCUUUUUUGGAAGAAAGCAAUAAAGAUACAGAAGAACCAGAUGAAGAAAGUGGAUUAGCUUCUAAGAAAACAAUAGAAACAAUAAAAUCUGCAGAACAAAUUAUAGAAGCUCUUGACAUAUAUACUGAAGAAACAUCCAAGUAUGAAUUAUAUAAAAAAGAAUGUGAAAUUUCUAGAAAAGAGUUACCACAACCUCUUCCUCAUGUUAUGUUCUCAUUAUAUGAUGUUACUAGUCCAAUUGAAUUCAUGUUGGAAGUUGUAAAAAGAAUUAAAUCUAGUGAAUUAGAAAAAGCUCUAUUAUUGUUACCAUUUAAUUAUAUUGAGAAAUUCCUCCUUGUUUUAUGUGAAUUAUUAGAAAAAGGCUGGGAAACUGAGAUAGUUUGUCGUUGUGUGCACUUUUUAGUAAGUGUUCAUUGCAAGCAAAUAAUAAAAAAUGAGAAUUUAUAUUCUGUAAUUGAGAACCUUCAGAAAGUAACAGAACAACAGACAAAGUCUCUAAAAGAUAUUUAUGGUUAUAAUUUACAUGCUCUGAAUUUCAUGGCACGAGAUAUUAUUGAAUCAGAAGAGAUUUCACUUUUCAUUGAUGCUUCUCGAAAAUACAAAAAGAGGAGGAGAAGACAGAAGAAAAUAGAGCGCGCUGUUGCAGUUAAUAAAAUUGCUAUUUAAUUUAAAUAUUUCUCAGUGUGUAAUUCUAUAGAUUA